AUGCGCUCGCGGACGCGCCCCUUGAGGCUGCUGCUCGCGGCGCUAGCGCUCGCCACUUGCGCCGCCGCCCCCGCGCCGGAGCCGCGCGCCCAGCGCUCGGCGAACCUCAGCCACAUAACGGGCACGUCGCGCACGAUCCAGAUGUUCCUCAAGAACCGCUACCUUCAGCUGCUGCCCGAUGGCACCGUCAACGGCACCACAGACGGCAACAGCGCUUACAUU